AUUCAAUGGAAUGUUUACCUUCCAAUAAUUGAUCGAAAAAUCGGAAAAUCCCGAAAUAAUCAAUUAAAAGUGCAAUAAAAGUUGGAAAUUUUAUCACGUAACGAAUUCUGAAGUCAAUCAUGUUGUUGGAAGUUUGUGUGGAUUCCAUUGAAUCAGCAAUUAAUGCCGUAAAUGGAGGAGCCGGUCGUUUGGAGCUUUGUAGCGCUCUGAGUGAAGGAGGAUUAACUCCAAGUCCGGGAGUUUUUAAAGUUUUAAAGAAAAGUCUUCCUCGUCCCGUUCCCAUUUUCGUGAUGAUUCGUCCUCGCGCAGGAAAUGAUUUUCAUUACACGAAACUCGAGUUAGAUUCGAUGGUUGAAGACAUUGAACUGUUUCGCGAACUCGGAGCUGAUGGCUUUGUCUUUGGGGCAUUAGAUGAUAACGGAAGAAUUGACGCGAUUGCCAAUACAACGCUAAUGAAUGCUGUUGACGAUCUUCCCGUAACAUUCCAUCGUUGUUUCGACAUGUUACCGCCAAAGGAUUUGCAGAUCAACGCACUGCUAAUAGCUGAACUUGGAUUUUCUCGCAUUCUAACGAGCGGAUGUGCCGCAAAAGCUGAGAACGGAAUCUCGCAAAUCAAACAACUCAUGAAUUUGACGUCAGAUUUGAUUGUUAUGCCGGGAUCGGGCGUAAAUGCGAAAAAUUUGGAGAUGAUUUUGAAGGAAACGGGAGCAAAAGAGUUUCAUGCCUCAGCCAGAGUUGAAAAAGAACUCAAAGUGAAACAAAGUAUCGAUUUGGGCAACAGCGAUAAAGAUGCUGUUGAAAAGAUUUUCGUCUGUUCCGAAGAAUCUGUCAAAGAAUUAGUUGAAAUUGCGAAGCGUUUGGAGUCUUCUGCUGAACCAACAAUCCAAGAAGACUGAAAAGUUUGAAUUUUUUCCAUUUUAAUUUAUAAAAAUAUACAUUUUGUGAGAUUA